AUGUAUCCGGUUGUCUUACUGCUGCUCAGUCGAGACUAUCGACCCGAGACGGAUGAGUAUAACUACUUUGAUUUCACUCCGGAAGAACGCAGCACAAUUAUGCGACAUUUUCCGUCGUUUCUGCGAUUCCCGGAACAUUUACGCAUGACUGGACGUUUGCUACACCAUUUACGCCUAAGUCUACCCGAGUUGUCUCUACUCUGUGCAGUGGAAAUCGUGCGCAGAGAAGACGUUCCGCAUCACGUGGGCAUUAUUGUUUUAUCCGAAUGGUUUUUCUUCGACACAACUGUUUCCGCCUCGGCAUUCGUGUCACCACCACCUGGCCUGAUCGUGAGAAAUAUGGUUCGUCUUCAACUCAUGCCAAAGUCCCGGUUCAAAUCAAUGAACAACAACGACGAUGCAGGGCAAUUUGAUGUUCCGCGUCUCAUUCGAACGGACUUUUUUUGUUUACACGCGCCCCAAUCGGGUGAUCUCGUUUGCGGCUACCCGUCGUCACACCAUUAUCAAGUUUUGGAUGAACCGACUCGCUCAAGCACCAAGGAACUGUACAUCCUGGCCUAUCACAGUCUCCGUUUUUGCAUGACAAAUAAUUUGGAUAUCACUUGUGAUUCGUCCGAGCAACAUCGCUGGGCCCAGUUAGUUGCCAUGAGUAAAAUGAUCCAGGCGAUGAGUCGUGAGCAUCACAUGAUUCUCACCAAUCUCAAGAUAGUUAGUCCAUUGCAAACUUUGAUCGGCAAGCGUGGUGGUAUUCACUUACUCGUUUUGGCCGUUCCUGCCGCAAUGGCUGCGGUAGCUGCCGUGGCAGCCGAAGCCUCAUCCUUGUCCCAGACGGCUCAACAACAACAACAACAACAACAACAACAACAGCAUCAGCAACAACACUUUUCAGCUACACCAUCGGCUGUUUAUCAUCAUCAUCAGUCUACCACUCAGUUGGAGCCCCUCAGUCCUACACCAGCAUUGCUGUCCCGAUCCGAUAUGUUGACCGGUAUUGCCUACCCAUCAUCUCAGCGACAUGCAAGCGCCGGUCCGUAUUUCACCAGUCCAGCAUCAUCCUUUUUCUUCCCUGCACAAACACAUCCACCUCCAUCUUGA